CACUCUCCUUCUCUUCACCUUCCCCUUUCCCUUUCAGUCAAAACAUCCUUAUCCAAUUUCAAGUUCUAGAAAAACAAAACAAAUACCCAUUUUGGAAACAAAGCCACACGUGUCAAAACCACAGUUCCAGACAAACCAAUCCCCACCCAUGCGCCACUUUCAAUUCCUUAACCAUAGUCCAUACCGUGGGACCAAACCUCCCACGCCCCCCAAAUCCGAAUUGGCUAAUAAACUUAGCUGGACACACACAUAGUGUUGACACUUUCCUUGAAACACAACCUCACCCUCUCAUACAUCCUUAAACUCACUUUCCCUCCCAAAACAACAACCACGCACAACGUUAGUUACUACUAACUACCCCUUUUGCACACGUUGUCUCAUUCACUCAAACAACUUCAAAGAACGAAGCUUUUCACCAAGUAACAUGUUUUCCAUCAAUCAUUUCUCCGACCCAGAUGCCACCUCGCCGGGGUCGGGAGGAAGCUCCCGACCGGCGCUGUCGGACGAGGAUUUUUUUCUGGCGGCAAGCAAUCCCAAGAAACGCGCCGGGAGGAAGAAGUUCCGGGAGACGCGCCACCCGGUGUACCGCGGCGUGAGAAGGCGGGACUCCGGCAAGUGGGUGUGCGAGGUGCGCGAGCCCAACAAGAAGUCCAGGAUUUGGCUCGGGACCUUUCCCACGGCGGAGAUGGCGGCGCGUGCGCAUGACGUGGCGGCGAUCGCGCUGAGGGGAAGGUCAGCCUGCCUCAACUUCGCCGACUCCGCGUCUCGGCUCCCGGUGCCGGCGACGGCGGAGGCCAGGGACAUUCAGAAGGCUGCGGCGGAGGCCGCAGAGGCGUUUCGCCCUGGGAAGGAUGAUGAUGCGGUGGCGGAGAGGGUGGCAGCGACGGCGACGGAGCGUGAAGAAGAACAAGAAGAAGGGAUGGUGCCGGAGUAUCUGAGGAACAUGGUGCUCAUGUCGCCGACGCAUUGCUUCGGGAGUGAUGAGUAUGGAAGUGCUGACGUGGAAUUUGACGAUGCUGAAGUUUCUCUGUGGAGUUACUCCAUUUAAUUUAACUCAAUUAUUGGAUUUUUUUUUUACUAUUUUGGGUAAUGUAGAGAUUGUUCGUAUGGGACAAGUAGAAUAGUGUCCGUACUUAUAAUUUUUUACUAGUACGGUUGCUCAUUUUAGGUGUCCAAAAUAGAUUAGAGCAGAAAGGACCAUAAAAAAAUAUUAGAUCAAAAAGAUGUUAAGAGAGUUUUUUUUGUGUGUAUAUUUGAUAUUUCAAAAUAAA